AUGACUGGAGCCAGAAAAAGAUCUGGUGCUGCCUCUGGAAAAUAUUCUGAUCGACUAGAGCAGGCCUUCAAAUAUGGCCCGUCCUCGAGGCCUGGUAUCUGGAGCAUUGAGGGGUCGGAUGCAGAAUCCAUGGAUGAGGGAGACCUCCGGCAGACGGGCUCCCAAUCGGAAGAUGAAAUUGAAGAUGCUACGAUGAAGGAAGAUGGCGAUGAGGAAGAUAACGAGCAGAACUGGGUUGCGGUGCCCCAGGAGAUAAUCUCGACCCCAUCAAACAAGGUCUCCAAGUCGGAGUAUCCAAAGACCUCGCUUGAACUUGCUUUAGCUUGUAUGGCAGACUUGGAUAAACGACAGCAGUGA